GAACGGAAGCGGGGGGGCGGGGCCGAGCCCGGAGCGACGAGCGGAAGCGGCCGCGGCUGUUGGGUGAGGCGCGGAGAACGUUUUUCUCUGAGUCCGGGCCCGGCCGAGCUCAAAAUCCCCUACCCCGGGGACGCCGAAAGAACCUAAGAGACUUGGGCUUCCGGAGAGGUCACCGCCGGCUGCCGCUGCUCUGCCUCUGCGCCGCCGCCGCCGGAGGACGCGGUCCUGACAGGCCUCCAGGCCGAGGCGCGGCCCGCGGAGCCCGACGUGCUGCUGUGAGUACUCCGAGAGCCCUCGCCACAGUCAUUUACCAAUUAAAAUGGAGGAGAUUUCGCUGGCUAACCUGGAUACUAACAAGCUAGAGGCCAUCGCUCAGGAGAUAUACGUAGACCUGAUAGAGGAUUCUUGUUUGGGCUUCUGCUUUGAGGUGCACCGGGCAGUCAAGUGCGGCUACUUCUACCUGGAGUUCGCAGAGACUGGGAGCGUGAAGGAUUUUGGCAUACAGCCGGUGGAAGAUAAAGGAGCGUGCCGUCUCCCGCUUUGCUCCCGCCCUGGAGAGUCUGGGAACGGGCCUGAUCAACAGCUGCAACGCUCACCUCCGGAAUUCCAGUAGCUGGUAACGUGAGAGAAUCUUGAGGGCAACCAGGACAGUAAUAUAGACCGGUCCUGUGGUUUGGAGCAGUUGGGUAGCUAAGUAGAAAAAAACAAACAAAAGACCUAAGUCCCAAUUCCCAUUGAAGAUCCUGGCCUUAAAAAUCCCAAAGUGGAGAAUUUAGGAAUUCGGAUCCUUUGAUUAGGCUAUUACCCGGGAUCAGCUUUGAAACCCUGGGUGGAAGGAGCUGUGCAUCCUGGUACCAAGCAGUGUACGUUGAUCGCUCAACACACCAGGAAGUUCACAAGAUCCCUGUACUGUCCCCCAGUGCACAGGUGAGCAGCUGUGUGCCCAGCACAUAAAUUGCUUUGGUUCAUCAACCUUUCCAUCUGCCUGAUGUCAGGGGCUUCCUGGAUAACUGACAGUUUGGACAUAACUGAUGGUCAGGCCUUAAUCACUGGGCCUCAGUGGGUCUGUACUUCUCAUCUCUUAGCCUCUAAUUUGGGCUUCUCCAAGACAAAUGUCAAGUCUGGUAUGAAAUCUGGACAUUAAUUCCAAUUUGGGAAAACCACGAAGGAAUUCCCAGCUGAAUAUGACUGGGGAAGCUCUAUGGUCUUGGCUCCAACAGGAAGAAAAGGUUAAAGACACCAGUUUCCCCCCAUUAUUUACAAUGACUUCAAUGGAGCUGGGGACAAGGGAUAGCCUUUUGCUGAGCUGAGCCCUCUUUCUUGUGGCCCUCUCUAUGGCAUAGGCUUGACAGAUGGACAACUUGGUUGUGGAGACAGGCUGAAGAUUUAGUUAUAAUCCCUUGGGGAGGUGGUAGGGAUCUCUGCAACUAUGCACGAUCUCUCAAACUGCAAGAACCUUAUAAAGGUAGAUUAUACUGUGGACAGCACAUUGGUGGGGGCAGUCAUUUUCCUGACUUGGUCAUUUUUCUGGGGCACUACCUGCCUCUCACACCAGGGGCAGGACAGAAUUACAAAAGAGCAUCGAGGCUGUGGUUUCAAAGCUGAGCCCAGACAGAAACUGUCCCAGCUGUUCUCCAUAAUGUUAAAGGGUCAGUGCUAGGAGCAGGACUGGGUUGUCUCUCAUCUGUGCAGUAUCCUGUUGAGUGCCCCUUUUCCUUGGGUUAGACAGUCACAGAGCUGUUAACGGUGAACAUCUAGACUGUCACCACUUCUCUGCUCCUCACAAGAGGCAGCCCUUUCCACUUGGUUCCCUUUGGACCUUCUCUACAAGAGCUGACCUUAUGUUGUUGGAAGUCAGAGAAGGACCCCCAGAAAGCCCUUGGGUUCAGGGAGUGGGAGAGGUGAGAAUGGGAAAUGUGAGCCACAUAUCGAAACUACCCUCACAUUUUGCUCCUUGAUCAAGGGUUUAUGAAGUCUAGAGGGGUAGAAGCCCCAAGAUGAGCAGGAACGGUGCUGCUUUAUUUGAAAUGUUUUCUUACCUCAUUAUGUGUCCCAGUAAGGGGCCCAGCCCCAUCUGUCGGGCUGGGCCCCGUUUUCCUCCUGUCCCCUGCUCCACUGCCUAUCUGGUGCAGCUCAUGACCCCAGGUGCUGCCUGCCACCCUGCUUUCACACGGACCAGUUUCAGUUCAUCUCUUCUGAUGUUUCUGCUUCUGAAACCUGCCCAGUUUCCCUUUCCUUGGCUCUCUUAAUCUUUGUUUUUUGUUUUUUUCCUUGUUUCUGCGGAAAACUCAGAGGAAUCUUUUUUACAGCUCCCUCUGUUGGGAUUCAGAAGGAAAAAGAACAUAAUUUUUUUUGUAUGUGAAAGGCAGUGUCAUGUGUAAGCAUUUCUUCUAUAGUACUGCCUUGCUCCUAUGCCUUCCUGCUGUGUCUUCAUGUGGAGUUACAUCUUCCAUUUCUACUUGGAUACUGCCUCUAAGGACCUAAGCAGAAGAGCAGAAAAGGCUGGCUGACACAGGGAUGGAGUGGGUCCUGAUCCCUUUUCUCUUAAUUCUUGUGUUGCAUGUAUCCUUAUUCCAGAAGGAACUAUUUGGACUACAUAGACUGAGUGUUGUUAAAUAUUCUAGAAGGUUAAGGAACCAUAGUUAGAGGGCCUCAAGACUGUCUGUUACUGUAUUGUCCCCCCAGAGUUGUCCUACUCAGGGUCAGGGCCUAGUUACAGAUUGGUCUUCAAUCCAAGAAUUAAAACUUAAAAAAAGUUAACCUUGGCAAGAGCUAAAAUAAUUUUGGAUUAUCUGCCCUUUUAUAGACAUCUGCUAAGGGGAAUGCAGAGGGAAAGGACAGUCUACAUAAGAUUCUGGCCUACUUCCAAAUAAUGUCUGGGAAUCAGGCUGAAGGGAAGAACAUGGUCCACUCUUCCUUCAGAGAGGGAGCUCAGACUGUGACAUUACUGUUUCCAUUCUGGCCUUUGCUCCUGGUUAGAGGAGGAAGAAAGGGAACUAGUUUUGAGUAAUGGUUGGCUCAUAGUCCAUCCCUCUUGCUUUUUGUUUUGUUUUUUGACCCUUACUAUUAUUGGGGCAGUAGCCCCCUAUCCUGGAUCACUAUGAGGUGGGCUAGGUCCAACAGGUGCCCUAGGGGACAUACUAACUCCUUUCUGUUUGGGGGAGAGAAUGCCCCCUACCAUAGAGUUGACAGUGGUUAGGAACUCUCCCCAUCUUCCCUAUCCUUCCCUCAAGUAUAUUGUCACCCUGUAAUUCUAUUAUGUAUCUGAGUGUGUGUUUAUGUAUGGGGGGAAAGGGUUUCUUUACCAAUUUUUGUGGUUUGUGGCUUUUUCUUCAUACAUUAGUUCCCAUCACCGCAUGCCCAGGGGCCAUUGCCUGGCAGUAGCGCAUGCUGGGAUCAUUGGGGAAGUGUAGUGACCUCCCACUGUCGUUUGUUUUGGAAAUUCUUAUUUUUGCAUAAGUAGUCCAUCCCCCACAGAUUGCUAACUGUGUAAUCCCCUUGUCCCCGUGGCUGCUGGUGUAAAUAAACUGCAUCUCCCCAUUGGUACAGUAAUAAUAAACAGAAUUUUAAAAAAUUACUUCAUUUGGACUGUAUGUUCAUCUUUUAAAAUUGUACAUGUUUUUCAGUUAUUGACAUAGUAAAAUAAAUGUUGAAUUGCUGUUGAA